CUUCCUUUACUCCUCUCUCCUUCCUUGACUCCUCCCUCCUCCCUCCUAUACCUUCAAGGAAUUCAAAGAAUGUUCCGUGUGUGACGGUGUGGAGCUCCUGAACGCAGCGCAGCUGAUGUUCCUCGUCAGUGAACCAUCCCAGUGAAGUCCCUCCUCCCUCCCACCGGCCCAACACCUCCGUAGUGUUCCUCCCGGUUCUCCUCCCGGUGCUCCUCCCAGACCUCCCAGACCGGCUGAUGGAGUGCCGCGCCGCCGCGGUGUGGUCCCUGAGCUGGGCUCUGAUCGUGGGGGGCGUGGCCUACCUGCUGCGCCAGACGCAGAGCCACACGCCGUACGGCCGCUACCGGCCGGCCGCGGGCCGCUGCCGCCCGGCCCGACUGGCCUGGUUCCUGCAGGAGGUCCCGGCCUUCCUGCUGCCGCUGCUGCUGCUGCUGGUCACCGGGGAGACCACCGGGAGGACACUGCUGCUGAGCGCCUUCAUGCUGCACUACUUCCACAGGAGCUUGGUCUACGCCCCCCUGACCCGAGGCCGCCCCGUGCCGCUGCCCAUCGUGCUCGCCGCCGCCAUCUUCUGCUCGCUCAACGGCUUCCUGCAGGCGCACCAGCUGCUGCACUGCGCCGGGCCCCGGGGCCGCGGGCCGGGGGCCCUGCUGGGGGCCGGCCGGCUGGCGGCAGGGCUCCUCCUCUUCGUGGUCGGAAUGGUCAUCAACAUCCACAGUGACCACAUCCUGCGGGGCCUGAGGAGGCCGGGAGAGACCGCCUACAGGAUCCCCCACGGGGGGAUGUUUGAGUUUGUGUCCGGGGCCAACUUCCUGGGGGAGAUCCUGGAGUGGACCGGCUUCGCUCUGGCCUCGUGGUCUCUGCCCGCCACGGCCUUCGCCUUCUUCACCGAGUGCUCCAUCGGGCCGCGGGCCUACCAGCACCACAGAGACUACCAGCAGAGGUUUAAGGACUACCCUCGCUCCAGGAAGGCUCUCCUUCCUUUCAUCCUGUGACCCUGAAGACCUGAAGACCUCCUGAAGCUCCUGGAGAACCAAA